AGAUCGUGUGCCCGGAAACCCUUCAGCCUUGGCCAUUGUUCGACCUGUCGAUUGAGGGGAAACCCUAGUCCCAAAUCCGAUCUUCGCUCUGAGCACCUACGAUGGAGGCAUCCAUCCAGCCCCCCACCGUCGAUGCCGCCGCAACCACCGCCGCAACCAUCUACCCCACCUGGGUUCUCCUCGAGAAGGAGGCUUACUACAAGGACUGCGACAACGCCACCACCGCUGAAGCCAUGACGAGCACCGACCACAUCGUCAAGGUAACAUUUGUUCUGGCGGACCCGCCGGCAAUAUCCUACUUUUGCGUCCACGGCCCUAAACUUGAGCAUAAGGACUUCCUCUUCGCGCCACGGGUUGUAUUCUCGUAUAAAGAUCUCGUUCUUCUCCGGUUCGCCCUCCGCCCUCGUAGCACCGUCCGCGAGUCUCACCCUGUCCAAUACUUGGUCUACAAGGCUGUUCAUGGCAAGCCGUUGCUUACACCGAUCCCCACUUCUCAUCGGCCUAACAAUGCAACAUCACAUCCCAGCAUCUUGCCGUUCGAGGACGAAGAUGGAAAUUUUCUUGUGGCAGAUCUCGCGAUGACAUCGACCGCUGGGCACUAUCUCCUCCACAUCUUCUCGUCCAAGACGAAAGAGUGGACCACCAGGCCGUUGGAGUUGCAGGCAUCUCCUGCCACGACAGAUGACCUCCCUAGUCUAGCCCACAAGGUGAUUGCUCUCGGUGCAGGUACCAUAGGCUGGAUUGACCUCUGGCGAGGCAUUGUGAUCUGCAAUGUGUUUGACUCAGAUCCUGUUCUCCGUUUCAUCCCACUACCAAAGCCUGAAUUCAACUUUCACCUGAAAGGUGACCCACAGCAAAUCCGUGAUGUCACAUGCUGCAAUGGUUUUAUAAAGUUUAUUGAGAUGGAGCACUAUCCCAGACCGGCUAGUGUUUAUAGCAACAACAAAAGGAAUUGCAAGACGACCAAGGAUCUUGACAGCGAAGAUGUCCUCUAUGAUUCCGAGCUCUUCUUCCACAGCCUUGUCGGUUUGGAGAGCCCCACUACUUUCCCUAUUACUUGGAAGAUCCGGACAUGUUAUAGGAACAUUUCUUGGAACCUUUGGUGCAAGGGGCACACUGUUCAUGUUGAUGACAUCUUGGUCCACAAGCCAAGUUAUUACAUGAUGUUGCCUGAGCUGUGGGAUGACAGUGCUGGCAAGUUCACAUUGAGGAAUCUGACAGCAGUUUGCCCGACACUCGGCAUUCAUGGUGGCGAUGUUGUUUACCUUGUUUCCAAGGUAGGUAUUUAUGAUAAGGACGCAUGGGUGAUUGGUGUAGACCUUCAAAAGAAGACAGUGGAAGUACUCGAACCAUAUUGUGCUGCGAGAUCUAGUUUGCAUCAGACGGCCUUUCUUGCCUGUACAUUCUCUGGAUAUCUGAAUGCAACUCCCAGGUCAUCUCCGCCAGAAGAUGCCUGUGGCCAGCAUGAUCCACUGAACGGUCAUCUUAGUCCAGGAAAUAUGAUUCAAAACAAUCUUAGGCCGGGAAAUAUGAUUCAAAAC